GGGAAACACAAACACAGCGAAGCGAGCAAUUCGCUAUUAUCACAGAUUUUGUAAGAGACUCUAUAAGGGCUGUGCUAUUAUCUGCAUAUUCCAGGGUUUGGUUUGGGCCAAUAAUCAUCGACAGCUAUGAGUUUGUUUCUUCCCAAGCUGUCUAGUAAAAAAGACAUCGAUUCAGUCAUUAAAACGGUAGCUGAGAAAGUGUUGGUUCUGCGGUUCGGAAGAGAUGAGGAUGCAGUGUGCAUGCAAUUGGAUGAAAUUCUGUCAAAAACCUCCCAUGACCUGAGCAACAUGGCGACCAUCUACCUGGUGGAUGUGGACCAAGCGCCCGUCUACACCCGCUACUUUGACAUCAGCUACAUCCCCUCUACGGUGUUCUUCUUCAACGGCCAACACAUGAAGGUUGACUAUGGGUCCCCAGAUCACACCAAGUUUGUGGGGAGCUUCAAGACCAAGCAGGACUUCCUGGACCUCAUCGAGGUCAUCUACAGAGGAGCCAUGCGGGGCAAGCUCAUCGUCAGGAGCCCCAUCGACCCCCGAAACAUCCCCAAAUACAACCUGCUCUACAACGACAUAUAGCCCCAUCGACCCCCGAAA